GAGAUAGAGCGAGGGAGUGAAAAGAGGGAAGGGUGAGAGGGAAAGAGAGAGGGCAUAAUCAGGGGAAACAAUCGACGGCACAUAAUCCGACGUCCCCGUGAACACGUCCGUCAAGUCCUCCGAUGUCUAGUGCUGAGGUGGCGGAGAGCUCCGUUGAUCCCCCAGCCAAGAAGCGACGCGUUGGUGCUGCCAGCACGACGGGAGGAGCCGACGACGAGCUGACGACGACGAACGUGGCGGAGAUGGACGUAGACAUGGCGAAGAACGGUUCCACGAGCUCCAGCAGCAGUGGCGGCGGCGGUGGCGGUGGCGGCGGCGGUGGCGGUGGCGGUGGCGGUGGCCGAGCGCCCGCCGAGAUCGACGAGGGUCUGUACUCGCGUCAGCUCUAUGUCCUCGGACACGACGCUAUGCGCCGCAUGGCGUCCUCGGACGUGCUUAUCUCUGGCCUCGGCGGCCUCGGUGUCGAGAUCGCCAAGAACGUCAUCCUCGGCGGCGUUAAGUCCGUCACGCUGCACGACCAUGCCGCAUGCAAGCUGACCGAUCUGGGCUCGCAAUUCUAUCUCACCCCUGCAGACGUAGGUAAGAAUCGCGCGGCAGCGUGCUGUCAACGCUUGUCAGAGCUGAAUAAUUAUGUGCCUACUCGUCACUACUCCGGUCCGCUGAGCGAGGAGUACAUCCAGCAAUUCAAGGUCGUGGUAUUGACGGAGACGCCGCUGGCCGAGCAGCUUCGCAUCUCGCAGAUCACCCGCGACAACGACAUUGCCCUGAUAAUCGCCGACACUCGCGGCCUCUUCUCGCAGGUGUUCUGCGACUUUGGUGAAACGUUCACGGUGGUAGACAUGAAUGGUGAACCGCCGGUAAGCGCGAUGAUCGCCAGUAUCUCCCGCGACGGCGAAGGCGUCGUCACAUGCCUGGAUGACACUCGCCAUGGUAUGGAGGACGGCGACUACGUGACCUUCUCCGAAGUACAAGGCAUGACCGAAUUGAAUGGUUGCGAGCCAAUUAAGAUCAAGGUGCUGGGACCAUACACCUUCAGCAUUGGCGACACUUCUAGGUUCUCCGAAUAUGUGCGCGGCGGUAUCGUGACCCAGGUGAAAAUGCCGAAAAUCCUGCACUUCACGCCACUUAAGGCAGCUUUGAAGAAACCCGAGUUCCUCAUCACGGACUUUGCUAAAUUUGACUAUCCAGAGCAGCUGCAUUUAGCUUUCCUAGCAUUGCAUCAAUAUGUAGCUGAUAGAGGUGGGUUACCACGACCAUGGAAUCAGGCGGACGCCGAUGAGUUCAUCGUCAUUGCCGAGAAUAUAAAAGAUAGUUACGGUUUUGACACCGAGAUCAAUGGUGAAUUGUUACGCACGUUCGCUAAAGUAUCCGCCGGUGAUUUAAACCCCAUGAACGCUACAAUCGGCGGUAUCGUCGCUCAAGAAGUGAUGAAAGCCUGCUCUGGUAAAUUUCAUCCCAUUUAUCAAUGGUUAUACUUUGACGCCAUUGAAUGUCUACCUGUCGACCGUUCAGAGCUUACCGAAGAGGAUUGCUGUCCCACGGGAACCCGUUAUGAUUCUCAGGUGGCUGUUUUCGGCAAAAAAUUCCAGUCCAAGAUCGGCAGCUUAAAAUAUUUUGUGGUCGGUGCUGGCGCAAUCGGUUGUGAAUUAUUAAAGAACUUCGCGAUGAUCGGCGUGGGUGCGAAAGAUGGUGGUUUUGUCACGGUAACGGACAUGGACUUGAUUGAGAAAUCCAAUUUGAAUCGACAGUUUCUGUUCAGACCGUCAGAUGUGCAGCAAUCCAAGUCAUCGACGGCGGCCAGAGUUAUCAAGAGCAUGAAUUACGAAAUGAACGUGUUUUCUCAUGAAAAUCGAGUGUGCCCAGAAACGGAAAGGAUCUACGAUGACACUUUCUUCGAAACGCUGGACGGCGUCGCAAAUGCGCUCGACAAUGUGAACGCGCGUAUUUACAUGGAUCGUCGUUGCGUGUACUAUCGUAAACCUCUACUGGAAUCCGGUACACUCGGCACUAAGGGCAACACUCAAGUAGUGGUGCCAUUCCUCACUGAAUCGUACAGUUCGUCGCAGGACCCACCGGAGAAGAGCAUUCCUAUCUGUACGCUCAAGAAUUUCCCCAAUGCCAUUGAGCACACCUUGCAAUGGGCUCGCGAUAACUUCGAAGGCCUGUUCCGUCAAUCAGCGGAAAACGCUGCACAGUACAUUUCCGAUCCGCAAUUUAUUGAUCGGACGCUCAAACUGCCUGGUGUACAGCCUCUUGAGGUGUUAGAAUCCGUCAAGACGGCGCUGGUCGACGAGAGACCGAACAACUUCGCUGACUGUGUGGCGUGGGCCCGUUGCCACUGGCAAGAGCAGUACAGCAAUCAGAUCCGCCAGUUGUUAUUCAACUUCCCGCCGGAUCAGGUGACCUCGAGUGGUCAACCCUUCUGGUCCGGCCCGAAACGUUGUCCGGAUCCAUUAGUCUUCGACGUCAAUGAUUCCCUACACAUGGACUACAUUGUUGCGAGCGCCAAUCUCAAGGCCAAAGUUUACGGAAUACCCACAAAUCGCGACAGAGAAGAAAUUGCCAGAAUCCUCGCCACCGUAAAAGUACCAGAAUUCACACCCAAGUCUGGCGUGAAAAUCGCCGAAACAGAUUCACAGGUACAAGUAUCAAAUGGCAGCGGUAACAUCGAUCACGAACGGCUAUCGCAACUGCAAGAGGAACUGCCGAAAGUGGAGGAUCUAAACGGCCUGGUGAUUUAUCCGCAGGAAUUCGAAAAGGAUGACGAUACCAAUUUCCACAUAGACUUUAUUGUCGCGGCGUCGAAUCUGCGCGCUACCAAUUACAAGAUCCCAGCGGCGGAUCGACACAAGAGCAAACUGAUCGCAGGCAAGAUCAUUCCGGCAAUUGCCACUACUACUUCGGUGGUGGCUGGUCUCGUCUGCCUAGAAUUAUACAAACUGACGCGCGGUGUGCGCGACUUGUCACUAUACAAGAACGGCUUUGUGAACCUGGCAUUACCAUUCUUCGGCUUCAGCGAGCCGAUCGCCGCUCCUAAGCUCAAAUACUACGAUAUCGAUUGGACAUUAUGGGACCGUUUUGAAGUAAAAGGCGAGCUAACGUUGAAAGAGUUCCUCGAUUACUUCAAGGAUCGUCACAAUCUGGAAGUGACGAUGUUGUCACAAGGUAUCUGCAUGCUGUACUCGUUCUUCAUGGCGAAGCCUAAAUGUCAGGAACGCAUGGGCCUGCUCAUGUCGGAGGUAGUGAAGAAGGUGUCGAAGAAGAAACUGGAACCACAUGUACGCGCUCUCGUGUUCGAGCUCUGCUGCAACGACGAGGACGGGAACGACGUCGAGGUGCCGUAUGUGCGAUACACCCUGCCCUGACUCGCCCACGCGGUCCCCGAUCGCGCCAGAUGAUGUCUACUUAACUGAGACACUUAGCCCGUAUAUAGUGAUUUCUACAAAUUUCUAUUUUACGACGAUGUAAUACAUGCAGGAGACGUUACUGCUGCUGAUCCUCGUCUAUGAAUGUCUGUGUGAGGCACUCUCUUUCUAUAUAUAUACAUAUAUAUAUAUAUAUACAUAAUAUGUAUACAUAUACUAUUUUUCUUUUUUUUUUGUUACUGUCGUUUAAGACGCGGUAUUUUCACGCGUUACUACCGCCAGCGCUUAGUAGUAGUGAUCUCGAGCAGUAGGAUCCGAUUCUUCGUUUUGUUUAGAAUAAGAUUUAUAGGCAAAUUUGGUCUUCGCGAUCGGGUUUUCUCGAUCAGUCGCUAUGUACCGGAUUAUGAUAUCAGAAGUGAAAGAUAGAUUUUAUGUAAUUCGAAUAGUCAUUCUUUUACUAAAAUAAAUACCAAUAUGCGAUUCCUUCAACUCUUAUGAAACAUUUUAUAGAUCGUAUUUUUUUUUUUUUUUUUUUUUUAAUUGGUACACGAUCUGAAACAAAAAAAUAAAAAUUAAUGCAUCAUGGAUUUGUUAUUUAAAUCAAAUAAAUCGAUGUGUUAAUUUAUAGAUUCUGUAAGGCUAUAUCUGUGCUUGUGUGUGUUUGUGUGUGCAUAUGCGAAUUUCUCUCACUUUCCUCGAAUUUAUAUUUUGAUAUACGCAAAAAUAGAUCGGUUUCCCACUUCUCUGAUGUCAUAAUCUGAUAUACGCAUCGCAGCGAGAAAUCCGCGAAGUUUCACACGUUUGGCUUUCCGGCUAAAUUUAAUUUCGUCUUUCUCUCGGCCUUUCUGCACUUUAUUCCGACCGGUUUGUAUUCUGCGGCUUGCUACGACUCCAAUGCAAUUGCAAUCCAAUAGGGGGGGAAAAAAAAGGAAGAAGAGAAAAUAGGAGGAAAUGCCAAGGAGGUCUUACGUAGGUGUUCUCUAAUGAGAAACGACGGCUCAAUUCUACCUAUGUUCCGUAGAGUCGGAUAUGAAAAUGAGAGAGAUGAAACUCUCGGUUUUAUCUCUCGAGAGGAUCUUUAGACCGGUGUAUUAUUGUUACUCAAUUUGAAACGUAGUCCCGUAGAGAGAAUAUGCGAAUAAUCGGCAUCAGGUUGUUAAUGAAAUACACAUCUUGCUUCUUUCUCAUUCUCUUUUCCUUUUGUUUUUCGCGAAAUGAUUGUCUCGACAGAACAAGGGAGUGGCGACCAUGCGUGUGGCCAACGUAUCCCUGGAUAUACGUAUUUUUUUCCUUCACUUUCGUUUCUAAUGCGUUUCUCACGAAAGAUUCGAUAUAUGCAUUAAGGAUUUAUGUAAUCAAUACACAGUUACGUUGUUCUCACUUGAUUUAUCCGCUUCACAAUGUCUUUCUCGAAUAAUAAUAAUAAUAAUAAUAAUAAUAAUAUAAUAGUAAUAGAGUAGUACUAAUAAUAUUAAUAAUAAUAAUAAUAAUAAUAAUAAUAAUGGAUGAUGAAUAAACUAUUGGCUAAGGCUGGUUGUUGUUACGACGUAUAUACUGCAUUUAAAUUUAUAAAAAAGAUGUCUUUGGAAGAAAGAGAAGCUUCUUACAAAAAAAAGAAAAAAGAAGAAAAUAAAAAUUGCGUACACUUUAGACCAAGAAAGAUUACAGACGAACAUAAAAAAAGGAAAGAUAUUUUGUUAAUUUUAGGAUAUGAUGCGGAUAUUUAUUAUAUAUACAUAUAUAUAUAUCAUUUCGUCGAUAGGCAAGAUAGGUGUGUUUGGAUUUCAAGAAGUAUAAAAUAAUAAUGAAAAUAAAGUGGGAAGUGUA